AUGGAUGUGAUAGUGGACACCAUCAGUUUUGGGGGAAAAUGUCUGUACUACUUUUUAGAAGCUUUCACUUUUAAGAUAAUUCCACCGAAAAGAAAGGAUGUUGCUGGAGAGAUUGUCCUCAUAACAGGAGGUGGAAGUGGACUUGGGAGACAAUUGGCCAUCCAUUUUGCCACCUUGGGAGCCAUUAUAGUUCUUUGGGACAUUAAUGAAGAAGGCAAUAAGGAGACGUGUAGACUGGUCAAAGAAAUGAAUAAUGUGAAAAUCUUUGCCUAUACCUGUGACUGUAGCAAAAGGCAAGAGGUCUACCAAGUUGCUGCUCAGGUGAGAGAAGAAGUUGGCAAUGUGACCAUACUCAUUAACAAUGCUGGCAUUGUAACAGGGAAGAACUUCCUUGACAUACCGGAUGACAUGAUAGAAAAAUCUUUUGCAGUCAAUGCCCUCUCUCAUUUCUGGACUUACAAGGCCUUCCUCCCUGCCAUGAUUGAGGCUAACCAUGGUCACUUGGUCUGCAUUUCAAGCCUAGCAGGAACAAUUGGACUUAAUGGAUUAUCAGAUUAUUGUGCAACUAAAUUUGCAGCCAUUGGUUUUGCUGAGUCUCUCUUCUUUGAAUUAGAUCUGAUCAAGAAAACUAACAUUAAAACCACCAUUAUUUGUCCUUUUCUUAUCAACACUGGAAUGUUUGAUGGCUGUGUAUCCAAGUAUCCUCUCCUGUUACCUAUACUGGAACCUAAGUAUGUAGCCCAAAAGAUUAUUGAUGCUAUUUUACAGGAAAAAGUGUACUGCACUUUACCCAAAUCUGCAAGUUUCAUAUUGUAUCUUAAACAAAUAAUGGCUCCGAAAAUGACAGUUGCCAUGGUUAAGUACCUUGGUGGGGAGACUAUCAUGGCUUCUUUCAAAGGGCGAAUGAAACCAAAUACACUUCCACCUGAAACUGAGGAGAAACAUCAGUAG